AUGCAAAAUAAGAUUGAUAAGCUUGAACUGGAAAAUAGUUUCGUAACAAAUUAUCUAAGAGAUAUAUCAACACGAGACAUACUUUCACAGCUCAAUGAUGCAGUAAAAAGCGAUGAAAACCUUAUCAUUGAAUAUACAUUUACAAGACCAUUGGAAAAAUUUCAAUCAAAACUAUUUAAUGCUAUCAAAGAAACAAAUUCACGACUGAUAUUCAAAAUUCGAUCAGCAGAAGCAACAUCGUCACUAGAAUUAACUGGAACAAAUGAAGGUGGGUUUAUUCUAUCUAUAAAAAGUGAUGACGAAACUAAUGCACUUAAAUAUUUUUCAGCCAUUAACAGUAUCUUUAAAGAAUUGAAGAUAUCAACACUUCAUUUACACAAAGCAAUUCUUUCCGAAAAUCUUUGCAAUACUAUCCACUUGGCGAAUAUCAAUUGUGAAACAUCACUUAAACAAUUAGCAGAGACUAUUAAUCAACUACCGUUAUUAAAAACUCUUGAACUUCAAAGUGAAACUAGUUGUGCAGUUUUUCAUCGAGAAAAACGAAUUUUUAACAGGGAAAGUAGCAUACUUGAAUCUGACUGUAUUAGUCCUAAAUAUUAUCAUUCAUCUCAGGAAGAAAGCAGUAAUCCUCCACCACAGAUUUCCAAUGAGAGAGAAGAUAGAAGAGCAAUGCUUGUUGAACCUUUCUCUCACACUUCCUCAAAUCCACUUUACAAACAAAUACAAGAAAUCGCAUUCAAUUUUACACCAAAACAAUUCCAAAUUACUGUUAGUCCUGAUGUAAGCAUAACUCACAUUGCUUCAAUUAGAGAAUCAAAUUCACUAGUAACUCAUCUACAAUUUGCUGGACGAAUAGAAGAGACUGAUAUGACGACGUUAAUUAAAGCUUUUCGUAAGAAUAAGAUAAUAUCUCAUUUAUCUUUGAAAGAAAUUGAAAUUUCACUUCUUAAUCUUCGUCAGAUCUUCGAUAUGUCCUAUGCUAAUCGAAGAUUACGAGUAUUAGAAAUUCGUCAUUGUACAUCUGUUUCUGACCGAGAGGUUAUUUCAACAAGAAAUUAA